AUCAGGUCUUCUGCUGGGUUUAGCCAUUCCGUCGAAGCCUGUAGGACUGCCUAUACUCCGUGAAACACAGUGGACAUGCCUCCAACCCCGCUGGCUAAUACCAGCUACACCACCGCCCGGCUAGUGCACACCACUUCCCCUCACCGCUUGGCCCUCGCCCGAGGUCCCCGGCUUCCAGCUUGUAGAAAGUAUUCCCCUUGCCCACUCACAUCCUCCAAUAACAGAUAUUACACACGACAGACCACAUGGCGAGCCAGUUCCAAUGUCCCCAGAUCUCACCAGGCUGCUGCUGCUACCACCACCCCAACGAUGGCGUCCGCAACAGCGAAGCAGCAGAAACCCAGUCCCGCGAUUCCCCGGCCUAGUUCUAGUGUGAUCCUGGUCUCCCCCCGACACGAGAUCCUUCUGCUUCACCGCGUCAAAACCUCCACUUCAUUCGCCUCCGCCCACGUCUUUCCUGGAGGGAACCUCGCUUCCCAGGACGGCCCAUGUCCGCCCGCGGAGGAUCUCAAGCGCCACGAGGACGGCCCUUGGUACCGCAACGCCGCGAUCCGCGAGCUCUUCGAGGAGAGCGGCAUUCUUCUCGCCAAGGAUGCGGUCUCCGGGAAGAUGCUCAGCGUCCCUGAGGAUCUGCGCGAAAAGGGUCGACGCGCCAUCCAUCAGAACCAGAUUGCUUUUGCGGAGUGGUUGAAGCAGCAGAACCCCAAUGCGGUACCAGAUACAGACCAAUUAAUCCCCUUCACCCGCUGGAUCACCCCAGCAACCAACACCAGACGGUACACCACGCAGAUGUACCUGUACUUCCUCCCUCUCCCGGCGGACGCAGAGGCUGCAACCCCGGUCCUCGAUGAAGUACCGUCCGAGGGACAGCGGGAGGAGAUCCACAUCCCGACGAGCGAUGGGGGCGUCGAGGUCACGGAGGCUCGGUUUUUGGCGGCUUCGGAAUGGCUGCGCCUGGCGCAGAGCGGCGAGAUCAUCCUGUUCCCGCCGCAGUUCCUGCUCUUGCAUCUGGUCGCUGGGUUCUUGGAUAAGGAGCCUCGCGGUGUGGAGUCGGUGCAGGAGUUGCGCAGGCGGCGGGCGGAGUUGGUCGAGUUUGUGCACUCGGGUCAGCCUACCUGGGCGGAGAAGUGCAUCUCUCCGAAGAUGCUGCGGAUAGCCUCCGAUGGACGGACGGUGUUGGCGCUGGAUCAGCCGGGUCCGGAACUUCGAGGCACGGCGAAGCAGGGAGAGACGGAGCGGGUGGUGCUGGUGAAAUUUGCGAAGGGGGAGGCGCGCAAUUUGGAGGUACGGUGGAAGAAGGACGCCUUUGGAGAGAAGGGUCGGAUAUGAGAGAAGAUGUGGGAGUUGGGGGUAUCACAAUGGGUUUCUGCUAUGCUUGAAGUGGAAUAUUGGUAUACAAGCUCGCGCAACACCUCGAAUAGAUGGCUUGUUCACCUUAUUGCAAGAUGCGGGCCCUUGUUUUGGACCAGAGCGAUUCGCUACCUGGCCUAUCAUUGAGACGAGGGCCCUCUACAGUCAGAAACAGAGAGAUGAUAAAG